ACUCAAUACUGCUGGUGUGGUCGUGGAAAUACGUGACAGACUGAACGUUGUUUAGCGGGGGACAAGAAUGUGAUGUUUACAGGCCUUUGUAACCAUCCUAUAGCGGCUCCUCAAGCCAAAGUGACAACCAGGUAAGCAGCUUAGCACUAUAACUGGAGCAAGGAUACAUCCCUGAGGGUUAGCGGCGCGCUGGGAGAACUCCAAAUGCUUCUCGACACAGUUGUGACUGGAGACCGACGCUGCGCCCUCCUCGCCCUCCUCGCCUCUUCCCUCCAUCUACUCUGAUCUACUCUUCCUUUCAUCUCAUCUCUCUGUCACCUCUGAACACCAGCCACUCUUCACAUUUACUCGCCUCUUCUCUCACUGGAUAACUUGGGUGCUAAGAGGAGAGUGGAAAGGUGCCGCGUUACAGCCACUUGUGCCAGACGAGAAGACCGAAGAGAAGAGGAGUAGAGAGGAAAGGGGGAGGGAGCGCUAGAGGGUAGUCCCGCCUCUGUGUGCUCAGUUCACUCGGAAAGGCAGAGAAAAUACAAAGGAACACCUAGCCCUAGUGGCCUGGAGCCUGGAGAAGAGGAGUGUUGCGCACAACCACAGCCACAACCUCCUCCUACUCCUUCAGUCCCCAGCGUGUGAACUGCCAACAGGAACAACCCUUCCAUCUGGCUCUUCCAUCUGUCUUAACCCUGAUCCAGGAACCUGCUACUGUUUGUUUGGUUACUUCCUCUCUCUCGCUCAGCGUCAGUGAGGCUCCACAGCUGAUCCCAGACACAGCACUGUGACGCUCUGCUCAGCGCCCAGUCUUCUACAGUUAACCCGGCAAGCUAGAAGCAGGAAUAGGGAGCGCUUGACAAGAGGCUAGAGUCAGAGAUGGGAGUCCUUGUUUGUGGCGUGCUGGUGCUGACGCUCAUCUGUCAAAGCCAUAGCCUGGACGGUGUCACUAACCCCCUGCACAGGUUUAAAAGGUAUCAGGAAAGUGCCUCUUCGGAGCCCAACGACUGCACUACCAGGACGAGACAACCCACGGUCCUGUCUAAAUCAGGCAACUUUUCCCUGGAUGUCCGCAUGCCGGGGGUGUCCCCCACGGUGUCUGACACCUAUUUGUGUGUGGCCGUUCCAGUACCGACAACCAGGGAUGCCUAUAUCGUGGACUUUGAGCCUCAUGCCAGUAUGGACACAGCCCAUCACAUGCUCCUGUAUGGCUGCCGGACACCAGUCUCCACCACCAACUACUGGGACUGUGGGAGUGUCAAGGGGACCUGUGAGGACGAAGCCUCCAUCAUGUACGCCUGGGCCCGAAAUGCCCCACCCACCAGGCUACCCCCAGAUGUCGGUUUUAAAGUUGGAGGGAAAUCCAGAAUCACUUACUUUGUGCUGCAAAUCCACUAUGGGGAUGUCCACGCUUUUAGAGACCACCAUAGAGAUUGCUCAGGACUUACCUUACGAAUGACUUCCAAACCACAGCCCUUCAUUGCUGGCAUGUAUCUGAUGAUGUCUGUGACCACCGUCAUCCCUCCAGGAAAUAAAGUUACAAACGCAGACGUGGCUUGCACUUAUAACUCAUAUCCCAUAUACCCGUUUGCCUUCAGAACCCACACACACAAGCUUGGACAAGUUGUCAGUGGUUACAGGAUUCGAGACGGGAAGUGGACUCUGAUUGGACGACAGACUCCUCAGUUACCACAGGCAUUCUAUCCUGCCACCAAGGGAAUCAACGUGAAGUACGGAGACACACUUGCUGCUCGAUGUGUCUUCACCGGGGAAGGAAGGACCACCAAAACAUAUAUCGGAGGUACCUCUAAUGACGAGAUGUGCAACUUCUACAUGAUGUACUACAUGGAGAGCAGACACGCAGCACCCUUCCAGGAGUGCAUGGAGGACGGCUCCAAGGAGCUGUUCCAGAACAUUCCACCCGAGGCCAACGUGCCCAUCACGGUUCCUCCAGAGAUGAUGAUGCACCACAUGAUGCACUCUGCUGGAGCCCCAGCUACCCCAGAGCAUCAAGAUGACAUGGCGCUGCUGCAACCCAAACGCGAGGAGGAGGAAGUUCUGGAUCAGGGUGACUUCUAUUCCCUUCUGUCCAAACUCCUAGGCGAGAGCGAGGACGUAGUCCACGUGCAUAAGUAUACGCCCGGCGAGGCGCAGAGUGCCCAGGCCAAACUGGUGGCUCAGAUUGAUAGCAUAAUUCAAAAGAAGGACCUGGGCUGGCCCAGUCCCAGGCUAGGCUUCCUGGACAGAGAGGAUGCUAUACUGGUGAGGGACAGAGUGCACAAGUUUCACCAGUUAGAGGCUACGGCCAGGCCUCCCGGGAGCACGCUAAUGCCAGCUAACGCCCUGGUCGAGAUUGACGAUGAUGAUGAAGAAGAAGAGCACCAUCUGGACGAGGUGACGGACUGGCCAGAGAGCCCACUCCAGCUGGGUCAGGUGUCCGGUUUGGCCCUGGACUCAGACGACAACCUGGUCAUCUUCCACAGGGGAGACCACCAAUGGGGGGUCAACUCCUUCGACAACAGCGGCAAAUACCAGCAGCAGUCCCUGGGUCCCAUUCAACAGUCCACCAUUCUCGUGGUGGAUCCCGUCAAAGGCAGCGUACUCAAGGCCUCCGGAAGAAAUAUGUUUUACUUGCCUCAUGGAAUCACCACGGACAAGGACAACAACUAUUGGGUCACAGACGUGGCGCUUCAUCAGGUGUUCAAACUGAGCAGCGAUGGCCGGGACAAGCCCCUGGUUGUGCUGGGAGAGGCCUUUGAACCAGGAAGUGACAAAGAGCACUUCUGCAAGCCCACCGACGUGGCGGUGGACCCUGUGACUGGGAACGUGUACGUGUCAGACGGAUACUGCAAUGCCAGGAUACUUAAGUUCUCACCCGAGGGAAAAUACCUGUCACACUGGGGAGCAGGCUCGUCAGACAGAAGGAGAAGGGUCCAGUUCCGAAUCCCACACAGCCUGGUGUUUCUGCCUGAAAGGCGGGAGCUGUGCGUGGCCGACCGGGAGAAUGGACGCAUCCAGUGCUUUGUCGCUGAAUCCGGGGAAUUCGUCAAGGAGAUCAAGAAGCAAGAGUUUGGAGGGGAAGUGUUUGCCAUCUCCUACGCACCUGUGCAUGGUGGUCUGAUCUAUGCGGUGAAUGGGGAAUCUGCGUACGGCCGCUCUGCCCCUCUCAAAGGCUUUGUAAUCAAUUAUUCAACCAAAGAGAUCCUGGAUGACUUCAGCCCAGAAAACGCACAGGAGUUUGGAAUGCCCCACGACAUUGUUGUAACCAAAGAUGGGCGCGUCUUUGUAGGAGAUGCAGCCACAGACUCCGUGCUAAAGUUCUCCUCUGACAAAGCUGAACAUCGCUCUGUUAAGAAAGGUGGAAUUGAAGUACAAGAAAUCGAAGAAACAGAGACUAUAAUCCAAACCCGCCUGAAGCCCCAGCACAGGGUAGAGGUAGCGGUGGCCAAGGUGCAGAUACCUGUAGCGACUCAACAGAAGACUGCAGAGCCUGUCCAGGAACAGCCCCAAAAACCACAACAAGAGGACGAUAAGGAGAAGACUCUAGCCAAACAGAGUGCCCAGGGCGUGUCUCCGGCAGUUAUCACCACCCUGCUGUUCAUCCCCUUAGUGGUGGUCAUCUCCAUAGGGGUCUUGAUCCGCUACAGGAAGAACAGGAUGUAUGGAGAUGGAUGCGAGGUAAAACUGGAACAGACCUCGUCCGGAGGAAUCUUGGGAAAACUCAGAGGUAAAGCUGCGGGCGGUCUGAACCUGGGCAACUUCUUUGCCACUCACAAGGGCUACACCCGGCAAGGCUUUGACCGUCUCAGCACCGAGGGUAGUGACCAGGAGAAAGAUGACGAGAACGACACUGACUCGGAGAACGAGGAGUACUCGGCCCCGCCUCCCCCUGUCGGCCCCUCCUCGUCCUCUUAGGACCCCCACCACCCCACCUCGAAGCCGUCCCACCAAAUGCCAACCGACCCUUGGCUCCCGUGGUCAGGAUGUACUAUAAUCGUAUGUGUAUCUAUGUUUGUGUUGGCUGCCAAUCGUUCCUAUUUAUUUGUGCAAAAAACAUUCUCGAUACGAUGUGCCACUUUCUUGCUUUGUGAGUUAAUGGGACCAGAGAUUUUAAGUAAGAGAACACUGGUAGGUCGAGGAGUGAUGCUUUUUAGAGUAUAAUUUUAACGGGAAGGAAGAAAACGAGGGGUAGUUUUAUUUUUAUAAUUAAUUGUCUACAUAAAUCUCUUCCACUUACAGUACUUAAUCAACCAGAUGCUUUAAUGUUAUGUUUUCCGUUUUUUUGGUCCAGAAACUUUGGUUGAUUACUUUUAUCUGUACAUUUGUGCCUUUUUAAUUAUGUAUUUUGCCUUUCUGCAGCACCUACAUUAUCGUUCAAAAGUUUGGGGUCACUUAGAAAGGUCCUUGUUUUUGAAAGAAAGUUCAUUGGAACACAGGCGUGAUGGUUGCUGAUAAUGGGCCUCUGUAGAUAUUCCAUUAAAAAUCAGCUGUUUUCAGCUACAAUAGUCAUUUACAACAUUAACAAUGUCUACACUGUAUUUCUGAUCAAUUUGAUGUUAUUUUAAUGGACAGAAAAUGUGCUUUUCAAAGAAAUCUCUAAAUGAACCCAAACUUUUGAACGGUAGUGUAUAUUAUUACAAAUGUGCCACAUAAUGGAAAGAGCUGCUGCUACUGUCAACUGUACUUAGGUUUCAUUGUAUCGCAUUCAAGAGAAAGGAUAAAAAAUAUUAUUAUUAUUAUCAUGUAUCUAAAGCUGUAUUUAGGAAAUUUUCCAAUCAGAUGUAAGCUGUGUCUGAUAUUUAUUGUGACAUACUGAGGUUUUAUUGCAAGAAUACUAUUUUCAGUAACAAUGUUAUUUGUGUAAUAAAGUGUCUGCAAAGCA